GUUUUUUAGUUUACCACACGCAACGUGGUGCAGCGUGCCUCGAGUUGCCUGCCGUGCAGGGAGAUCAUGUCGCUGUCCAACCCCUUUUCCCAUGGGUUGUUGAAGGACCUUGGCAAACUGUCGGAGUUGAAACAACGAGGACUGAUUCUUGACCGUUUCGAGACGAUAAAGGCACAUGUGAGGGCGGGCAACUCCGUUGCGAAGGAGCGAUGGGACGCAAUCGAGAACGCAUGGGGGCUGAAGCAGACGGGUGUCUUCAACGAAGAAGAGUGGAUCACGCAGAUUGAUGGAGAGGCCCAGGGUAUUACCAGCAGCACCCGUCCGUCGUUUUUAACGCCACAAGAUGCGGGCGGCGCGCGAGGUGCACCGUCUUCGCACCCACCGCCUGCUACUGCUGCGGCUGCCGGGAAGAGAAAGGUCGCAGAUCGGGGGAAGCAAGCCAGGGAUCGAGCUGCCCAAGGUGUUCUAGGUGGCAAUCAUCAACGCGUUCGCUCGUGGCAGCGGAAAACCGCUGUAUGUAGUCGCCACCUGUACGACUACUGUGUGCAGCUGGAAGUAGACCACAGUACGCGCAAUAUGAAGCUGCCCUUAGACAAGUACAGCGGAGAUCCGGACGCGGCGGUAGGCUCAUGGGUUUUGCUUGAGAGCGUCAGUAGGGUGGGAAGGGUACGCACCCCCAACGUCACUCUUGUGGACCAAGACGGUUGA